ACUUCCCGAAGUUCCGGAAGUGUGUUUUAACUUUUUUGGGUGGUGCCCAAAUCCGCCUCCCGGAAGAAUAGUACAUUUCAAUAUGUAGGUGACCCGGUUAUAUCAAAAUAUAGUGGGUGAUUUCAGGUCUGUGGUUGCCAUGGAGACGGAUAGAGAGGUGGUUGCCAUGGCGGUGCAGAGAGUCGCCAGCAUGCUGCAGCGGCCCGACCAAUUAGACAAAGUGGAGCAGUAUCGCAGGAGAGAAGCCCGCAAGAAGGCUUCUGUGGAAGCUAGGCUGAAGGCAGCCAUCCAGUCUCAGCUGGACGGGGUGCGUACCGGCCUCUACCAGCUCCACAAUGCCCUGGGGGAUGUUAAGGACAUCCAAGGCUCUCUGGCGGAUGUCAGUAAAGACUGGAGGCAGAGCAUCGACACAAUCACCAGCCUGAAGGACGUCAAGGAUGUGGUGGUGCAGCACAGCCAGCUGGCAUCGGCCGUCGAGAACCUCAAGAACAUCUUCUCCGUGCCGGAGAUUGUUAAGGAGACCUGUGAGAUGAUCGAGCAGGCUGAGCUGCUUCAGGCCCACCGCAGGCUCAUGGACCUGGAAUGUUCUCGUGAUGACCUCAUGUACGAGCAGUUCCGGCUGGACAGCAAGAAUGCGCACGACAUGAACCUGAUCCGCAACUACUUUGGCGAGGUGCAGGGCCUCUCUGAGGAGCUGGCCAAGCAGCUAUGGAUGCUGGCGGAACGCGGACUGGUCACUGUGCGGCGCGACCCCACCAUGCUGGUGUCGGUGGUGCGCAUCAUCGAGCGGGAGGAGAAGAUCGACCGACGCAUGCUGGACCGCCAGAAGCAGACGGGCUUCAUCCCGCCGGGCCGGCCCAAGCGCUGGAGGGCGCGCCUCUUCCAGGUGCUGGAGGCCACGGUGAAUGCACGCAUCGAGGGCUCCCAGCCAGAAACGCGCGAAUCUGACAAGAUGUGGCUGGUGAAGCUUCUGGAGAUCACCAGGAGGAACGUGCUGGAUGACCUGCUGGUGGUGAAAACCCUGAUGGUACAGUGCUUCCCAUCAAACUACAACAUCUUCAGCGUCUUCUUCAACCUCUACCACCGCGGUGUGUCAGCCUGCGUGCAGGAGCUGGCUGCUGAGGAACUGGAGUCCAACGAGAUCGUCUCUCUCCUCACCUGGGUGCUUAACACCUACAAAAGCGCCGAGAUGAUGGGUCACCCCGAGCUCCGUUCCGAGUGCGACGUCGAAACGCUGGAGCCCCUCCUGCCUCAGGAUGUGGUCAGCAGGUUGCUAAGCAAGUACAUCCAGACCUUCACGUCCAACAUCACCGGCUGGCUUCGCAAAGCCCUGGACACGGACAAGAAGGACUGGCAGAAGAGCACUGAACCAGAGGCAGACCAAGACGGAUACUAUCAGACCACACUUCCCGCCAUCGUUUUCCAGAUGUUUGAGCAGAACCUGCAGGUGGCAGCACAGAUUGACGAGGCUUUUAAGGAGGAGGUGCUACGACUUUGUCUGAAGCAGAUGAACUCGUUCCUGCGCAGGUACCGAGACGAGGCCGUCACCUACAAGGAAGAGCACCUGAAAGAUCGACAGGUUCCCCAGUGCUACGUUCAGUACAUGAUUGCCAUCAUCAACAACUGCCAGACAUUUAAAGACUCUAUAAACAGUCUCAGAAUGAAAUACUCCAGAACGAAAGAGGCCACGCACAAUGACGCUGCGAUUGAGAAUUCGCUCAACGAGGUGGCCAGAGAGGGCUGUCAAUUCCUGCUGGAUGAAGUCUUCCUGGACUUGGAGAAACUCCUCAGCGAUCUGCUGACGAAGAACUGGUUGGCGGGUUCCAAUACGACAGAUGCCAUUUGUCUGACUGUAGAGGACUAUUUCAACGACUUCGCCAAAAUCAAGAAGCCAUACAGUGAGGAGAUGACACGUAACGCCCAACGCCGCGUGGUGGUGGAGUACCUCCAGGCUAUAAUGCAGAAGCGUAUAUCCUUCAGGAACGCCGAAGAGCGGAAGAAGGGAGCCGAACGGAUGAUUAAGGAAGCUACGCAAUUCCGGGCUCUCUUCCAGAAGCUAUCUUCUAGUCACGACAGUGACCAUUUGUGUGACGCCAUCGCUGCCAUAGCUGAGGUGUUCAACCUGACCGACCCAUCGCUGCUCUACCUAGAGGUGUCCACUUUGGUCUCAAAGUACCCCGAUAUCAGGGAGGAGCACAUCAUGACCCUGCUGGCCGUCAGGGGGGAUGCCAGUCGCGACAUGAAGCAGAUGAUCAUAGAGACGCUGAGCCAGAACAAGCCGUCGGCCGCAGCCAGCAUCCCGCCGGUGUUCAGGGACAUCGCCGUGACGUCCACUGUGCCAAAACUGUUGAAAUAGGGUCGAUCACCACCCAACCCUCAAUACAGAGUCGUGAGCUCCAUUACUCAGCUGUACUUUCUUAUGCACUUUCAGGCGUGAAAUCAAGUUUUUGGGCUGAUUGCCACUUAUGGGGCUGAGUUAGAAUAGAGUUGAAAUUCUAAUAUUUUUUUAAUUGAAUUUUUUUAAGCUUUGUUAUUCGUAGAUGAAACUGCCUUUGUCCAUUCGCCUCCUUUUAUACAUGAACAUCUCUUUGGCCCUGUCUGUCAUUUGAUCGAUUUAUCUCUUACACUUUUGUAACAUUUCACAAAAAAAUUAUUAAAAUUCCUUUUAGGCACUGCUUCUGUCUUUGCACGUAGAGACAUUACCCAGCCAGAAAACUCAUCUAUUCGUCCAGUGCCUUGUAAGUUUAACCGUGAAGAUGAAAUGAAUCCGUUACUGAUUUGCUGAUCUAGUUGACAAUGUGAUAAUUGUUCCUUUUCUUGGUUAAGAAUUGAGGUAGAUUUACAUUUGUCCCAAAGGUCAGCUGACAUAAACAUUGAAGCCCUUGCCCUGUGCAAAGGUCAUGCCAGUCGACUUGUUAAACCCCUGGAUUUCAUGGCCAACGAGAGGCCGGGUCCCAUUUUCAUUGUUGUCAUAGUUGCUCUGGGUUUCUAUUAGCUAUAAUAUGCUGUAAAGUCUGCGCAGACUUUUGUGCACCUUACGCAGUAAUUGCGCUACUAUGAUGCAGCUUUGGACAACAAGCCAAUUUUGAUACUAGGAAAUGUUUCCCUUUCAAGAGAAUUACAUUAACUUCAUUAAAAAAAUCAGGGUGCAUCUGGUUUCACAUACAGCGUCUAUUUUCUGCACCCUGUGCACUACAGUGAGAAGAAAUGCAAUGCUGUAAGGGGCAAUUUGACAAAAAGAUAUGUCUGGUGCCCCAGAAUGAGGUACCCAAUACACCUCUCUUGUAAUAUGCAUUGCAAUGCAUGUAAUAUGCGUUGCGAUAUGUAUGGAUUUGUAAAAGAGAGGGAUGGGUAACUCUUCAACCUUCAUAAAAAUGUUAUCUACAUGUUCGGAUAUCAUAAAUGAAAAAAUCAAUGGUAAAAAACUCAGUUUGUCUAUUCACUUGAUGUAUGCUGUCACCUACUGGAAAUUACAGAUAUAUACACAUUUGUUUGUAUACAUUUUGUGUAAUUUUCAUGAUAGGGUUAGAUAAAGCAUUGCAGUCAAACAUUUUCCCACCAACGGGACAGACAAUAAUGGCAGCUGUUCUAAGAUCAGGCAUACAAUAAGAUUUAAUGUUAUUAAAGAAGUGUAAACACCACCAGUAAUGAUGUGAAUACUGUCAGUGUCGUUGAGCUGAUAAAUAUUUGUAUGAGUAUAUAAAAGGAGAAAAUAA